AACGUUGAGGGGUCCCAGCUGAGUGGAGGCACCUGUCCCCCCCUCAGGGUGCCCCCCUUCCUCUGGUCCUCAGUCUGCAGCAGCGCUCCUCUGAAGCUGCAGCAGGAUCACAGCAGCAGCCGAUCACGGUCCCAGGAUGAUGGAGAGAGCCAAUCACAUCAACAUUGCCAUGAUAGAAGACAUCGGCACUAACGGGACGGUGGGGUCAAAGGUCGCCCCCGGCGCGGAGCAGAGCCCCGAGCGAGGCUCCACCGUCAGCUUCCACAACGUGCGCUACAGAGUGCAGCUGCAGAGCGGCUUCGUCUGCCGGAGGAAGACGAGCCACCGGGAGAUACUGCUCGACCUCAAUGGCAUUAUGAGACCUGGACUCAACGCUAUUCUUGGACCGACUGGAAGUGGAAAAUCUUCAUUCUUGGACAUCCUGGCUGCGAGGAAGGACCCCUCAGGUCUCUCAGGAGAAGUCCUCAUCGACAGAGCACCGCAGCCUCCAAACUUCAAGUGCCUCUCUGGAUAUGUGGUUCAGGAGGACGUGGUGAUGGGCACGCUGACGGUCAGGGAGAAUCUGCGUUUCUCCGCAGCGCUGCGUCUGCCUCGCUCCGUGCUGCAGAGCGAGAAGGAGGCUCGAGUCAAUCAGCUCAUCUCAGAGCUGGGGCUCAGCAAGGUGGCCGACUGCAAGGUGGGCACACAGAUGACGAGGGGGAUCUCAGGAGGAGAGAGGAAGAGGACCAACAUCGGCAUGGAGCUGAUCAUCGACCCGGCGGUUCUCUUUCUGGACGAGCCGACCACCGGACUGGACGCCAGCACCGCUAACUCCGUCCUGCUGCUGCUGAAGAGAAUGGCCAGUAAGGGCAGAACGAUCAUCCUGUCGAUCCACCAGCCGCGAUACUCCAUCUACCGACUGUUCGACUCCCUCACUCUGCUGGUCGGAGGGAAAAUGGUUUACCACGGACCGGCGCCUAACGCUUUGGACUACUUCGCCAACAUUGGUUUCCCCUGUGAGCCCCACAACAACCCAGCUGACUUCUUUCUGGAUGUUAUUAACGGAGACUCCACGGCUGCAUCCAUGACCAAGGUGCCCGGCUCUGAAGAUGUGGAGUUUGAGGAGCAGAGCGGCUUGCGGCAGAGCAUCGAGGAGCGCCUGGUGGACGAGUUCAGGAGCAGCAGCUACUGCAGCGCCACCAGAGCGGAGCUGGAGCUCAUCGAGCAGGAGAAGAAGUGUUCCUCCUGCUCAAAGUCCCGCACCAUCACCUACAACAGCUCCUUCCUCCACCAGCUGCGAUGGGUUCUCAGGAGAACCUUCCAGAACCUCAUGCUGAACCCACAAACAUCUGUGGCCCAGCUGGGAGUCAACAUUUUCCUCGCCCUCAUCGUCGGAGCCAUUUUCUUCGGAGUCAAAGACGAUCAGAGCGGUAUCCAGAACAGGUGA